AUGGCAGCUGCGCCAGGGCGUACUGCCCACCAACCUACCGCAAGGGAACUCGUGGAAGGGAUUGCCGAGGAGCAUGGCAUUGUUUCUGAGAGCGACUUGACGGAGAUUGGAGCCAUGAAUCAACGCAUUCGAUCAGUCGUAGAAAAGGCUCUAUUACAGAAAGAUCAACUGAUCGGUUCCUCGAUUUUGACCUUGGCAAAGAAUCUCAACACUAGUCAUGCCCGCUUUGUCUUCGAACUUCUUCAAAACGCCGAUGAUAAUAAGUUCGUUGCAGCAAACAGUCGGGGUGUUGAGCCUUUUGUAAAGUUUAGUGUGUACCGAGAACGUAUCAAAAUUGAGUGCAACGAGGAUGGUUUCACCUAUCACGACCUCAAAGCCAUCUGUGCGAUUGGCCAGAGCUCAAAGAAUCGCAGUCAUGGUUACAUCGGGGAAAAAGGUAUCGGCUUCAAAUCCGUCUUCAUGGCUGCCUACAAAGUCAACAUACUCUCGAACGACUUUUCCUUCAGCUUCACCCAUCGGAAGGGCGACAGCGGGUUGGGAAUGGUUACCCCUAUCUGGGAACCAGACUUUAUCCCGCAGUGUGAACAAGCUUCAAGUUCCAUCACACUUCAUCUUCAUCAGUACGAUGACACUUCUCUCUCAGAGGCGGCGCGGCAGAGGGAGGAAAUUAACAGAGAGUUCGAAAACCUUCCAAUCACCGUUUUGCUUUUUCUGAGGAAUCUGCGACGCAUCGAAAUCCAGUUUCACGACGACAAUGACACGGAAACAAAACGAGUGGAGUAUUCCUUCUCAACUUCAAGUUCGAGCACUCUCAUAGAGAGAGUAUGGCUAUCCGACCGUGAGUCUUCUUCUGGCGAGACUGUCCAAAGAAAGCAUCACGUCACACGUCAAGUGAUUCAAGAUGCUCCUCCAAACGAAAAUAGGGAGCUUUCUGAAGGCAAUGGCCGUGCGGAUGCUGAGACUGAAGUUAUCCUGGCUUUCCCACUUACCGAUGACUACACCCCCAUCAUUGAUAACCAGCCAGUUUUCGCGUUCCUUCCAAUGAUGCCCUUGGGCUUCAAGUUCAUCAUCCAAGCUGAUUUCGUCACCAACUCGUCUCGCGAAGGAAUUGUGAUUUCAUCUGCACGUAACUUGGCAAUCAGAAAUGGUAUCGCGACUUGUUUCCUCAAAGCCGUGGAGGAGAUGUGCCAACAUCCCAUGUUGCAAUUUCAAUGGAUGAGGUGGCUUCCACAGAGACAUUCAUACCCUUGGGAUAGCUUCUGGAGUGGCUUGCUCGAAGACAUUGUAAGCCGUAUCAAGACGAGCAAGAUUCUUCGCACAAGGGGGAGCGGUCACCUGGGCGGCAUUCACUCGCUGCGUCGCCUACAGUCCAAUUGGCUCGACGAAGCUGGGACUCCUUUAUUUGACGACCUUGAUGCUGAGAUCUAUGUUGCCGAAGAAUACCAGGUCAAGGAUCUAAGCUUGCUAGAGCCGUACGGUCUAAAAUGGCUGUCUGCAGACGACAGACUAGCUCGGAUCGAAUAUGACCUUGGCCAACCGAUCGAUAAAUCAAGAAUGAAGAAUCUAUCCACCAGUCCUCAGUGGCAUUCACGAGCUGCCAGUAUGAUUCAGAGACUCGUGGCUACGGCAUCCUCACAGGGCUUAGCGAGGAUUCGGACUUUGGACAUCAUACCUCUGAGAGAUGGCAGUUGGACCUCGAUUAAUCGCAACAAGCGACCCAUUUACUUCCCCUACAGUGGGGAUGAUCUCGAAAUCCCCGCAGACCUUCCUUUGUCUCUCGUCAGUCCUGAGGCAUCUGCUGUGGACGAUCGAUACAAGCUCUUUGAACUGCUUGGUGUUCAAACAGCAACGGUUGAAGAGAUCCAACAACUAAUCUUUGAGGCUCCAAUACCGAUCCUUAAGACCGAGGCAACUCUGCUGGCAUCUGUCAGUAAUUUGAAGUUUUUAUAUUCGUCUCAUCACGACACUUCUCAUGACGUAGAGAGCUCGACCGCAAUCGCCAAUCUCUUUGUCUUUGAUCACACAAUGGAGGUUCAACUACCUCAUCGCCAAGAUAUUUACCUGGCAACAAGCGGCCCCUACGAGCCUCGCCGUCUUUUGCAGCCUACGGCAACUCAUCCAGACGGGUGCUUUGUGUCAUUUCUUCACGAUCAGUAUUCCGAAUGUCCUCCAGAGACACCGGCAGGGUUGGAGCAGACAUGGUCUGAUUGGCUUCAGCGCGUCCUGCAAGUACGCCGUCGUUUGAGACUAACCUCUUCUACAUCUCCGGAAAGUCUUUCUCCCGAGCUCAACUACGUCCGCCUUUUUCGUCCCGAAAGCUUCAUCGAAGCACUUCAACAUCAUUGGAUGCUGCUGAAUCAUGAUGACUCGAGUACCCCGAAGUUCCUUCGCAACCUUCGAGACCUCAACAUCACAUGCAAGGACGGCAGGGACUACCCACUCGCAGAGACAACUUUGCCACUGUUAGAGCUCCAGGCUGUUGUUUCCUCCUACCUUGGAGAUUCGACAAUCAGCUUCCUUCAAAUCGAUGAAGCCGCUCAUUCUGUUUCAUAUCAUUCAAAAUGGGGCUUCUUAGUCAACGAGCUUGGUGUUCGAGCUCGAGAUGACGUGAAUUUGUAUUUGUCAAUUCUUGAAAAGGUCAUUGAAAGUCAGCCACAACUAGGGAACUACAGGAAGAUUUUGGGUCUUUACGAAAUGAUACAGCUUCGGUAUGAGGAGUCUGCAUCCAAAGACCAAGUUGCCACAGUUGUGAGAAACUUUUGCCGUCAGAGACAUUGCAUCUUAGUUCCCAUAUACAAUAAUCAAGGAGAACAAAGAAGGGCCACUCUUGGAAUCACUGCAGCCGAGGACAGCACACUGACCUGGAGAAGGCCGGAUACCUGUGUCUGGGCAGCCCCAGGUGUCCCAUAUGCUUACACCGCUCUUGAGGGGCAACUCACGAAUGAUUGCUCCGAAGAUCAAGCGGCUUCUCUGGAAAGGUUUAUGAAAUUGACCCUGGGAGUAGGAGACUGGGACGAAGACUGCUGCAUACAGGAACUAAAGCACAUGAAGGGUGCGAAUCGCGAUGAUUUUGACUGGGUUGUGGAGAUUUACGACUUUCUUCACAACUGUGACAUGUUGGAAAGUCAAUUGAAGGACUUCAGGAUCCUUUUCAGGACAACGCCCCUCAUAUUCGUUCCCAAUGGCGAGACGUUCAGAUGGUGUACAACAGCCGAGUGCUUAUGGUCAAGCGGGGCUAAGAUUCAGGGACGAACGACUCUCAGCUCCAUCUACGAAGACUUGGAAGACUUCUUCGUCGAAACACUCGGGGUACAAAGACUAACUCUUGCAAUGGCAUGCGAUGAGCUUCUGAAGAAGGGGACUGAGCAAACAGCCGCCACCAUUGCCGAAGUUAAAGAAACAAUAUGGGCGGUGAACACCCUUCUUCAGACUGCAACGUUGUACCCUGACCCAGAGCAGGUUGCGUCUCACUUCAACAGUCCUCGUUCGGACGACGUCCAUGGUCUAUAUCACACACUCCGUGCCACCGAAGUAUUCGAAACGCAUGGAAUCUCAUCUGAGAUUCACCUUGUUCAGGAUGGUAAAGCACACAUCCAUGCCAAGUCAUCAAGCGAGCUUCACAUCCGAGAGGCGGCUGGCCGCUUACAGAUAUACGUCCCUCUGAGCAAAGAGAGGCAGGAUUUCUGUUAUCACUCGAGUCUUCCAAGGCGUCUUCUGGAGUGGGUCAUGACAGAACCCGAGACACAAAUUUGUGGUGCAAUACCACACCGAGCCAUCAGUGCAAUGAGCUCAGCUCUCAACGCACCGAUCCAAAGCGUGUCACAGAUCCUAGAGGCAGAAGGGAUUAUUGACUUGGGCGGUAUUAAUGAAGACGAUCAAGGCCAAGAGUUCGAAGAGAGAUCUGAUGCCUCGCCUCCACCGGUGGCAGACUCUCAACGCCAAGGUUUCGCGGCUGAGAUGCCCAUAAGACCCUUCUCUUUGACGGGGCCCCGUUUCGUUUCAGGACCUGCUGUUACUCAUCCUACAUUUACGCAGCAGACAAGUACUCCCGCUUCACCUGAUAGCAACAGAAGUUAUCGCUUGCAGCCGAACUCACCUGUCGAUGCAGCCGCCGCAAGCCUACCACCAGACAUCUUUCAUUUUGGGGAAACUUCCACGACACCCACUGCUACGGCCUUGCCUAGAUUCGAUGCGUUCAGCGCAGAGUAUCUGAGAAUACUCAACAACGUCAUCUUUUCUGCGCGGCGUAGAUCUUUUCCUGACCUUGGUCCUACAAGAACAGGACAGUCAGCAGAAUGUGUCUCGACUCCUACUUCCAGUCCGUGGAUACCUCCAGGAAGUGACAAGAAGAUCGGCGCCGCCGGCGAGCUCUUUGUUUAUGAACUGCUCUCGCAUCUCAAACCUCCACUUCCAGGCUUUGGCAUGGACGAUUGGCAAAGUACGAUGCGAAAACAUGUGGCAGUUCAUCCCGAAUACUCCUACGUGACUCCUUGGGAAGGUCAAGAGACUGCCGACAUCGUCUACGACGACAGGUUUGGAGUUCUAACUGAGAUUCUUAUCGGAAAGGGGUAUUUGGAGCGGACCAAGUGGAUCGGCAAGAAGCCUCAAUACUUAAUCGAAGUUAAGACCACGCCCGGAGAUGCUGCAAGGCCGUUCUUUGUAAGCAAGUAUCAGUACAACAGGGUAGGGCUUCAAAAACUUUCGCAAUGGAUGCAUCUUUACAUGCUGCUUCGAGUCUUCAACCUUACUACGUCGGACAUCGAUUUCAACGUCUACAUGGACCCGUAUGCUUUACAGCAGGACGGCACACUGAUCUUCACGUAA